AUGAUUCCAACUUCAACAAACACCUUCUCGCAAAUCCCCUCCAAAGCCACCCUCAAACCCAAACCCUUCACCGCGCAUGUCAGCGACGGCGAAUUACAAGACUUCCGCCAGCUCCUCAAAUUGUCCCGCAUCGGCCCCAAAACAUUCGAGAACCAAACGACUAAUGUAAAAGACUACCGCCAUUUCGGUAUCUCCCGCCAAUGGCUCGCCGACGCCAAAUUGCACUGGGAAUCGAAAUACGAUUGGAGAAGGACGGAGGCAAAAAUCAACAGUUUCCCGAACUUUACGGUUCCGAUUGAAGAGGACGGAUUCGUCUUCAAUGUGCAUUUCGUAGGACUGUUCUCGAAGAAGGAAGGUGCCGCGCCUCUGUUGCUUCUCCACGGAUGGCCGGGGAGUUUUCUGGAAUUCCUGGGGACGUUGGAGCUCUUGCGGGAGAAGUACACGCCCUCUACGCUCCCGUUCAGCGUGAUUGUGCCCAGUCUGCCCGGGUAUGGAUACUCGGGUGGACCGAGACUGGAUAAGAAUUUCGAUACGCAGGGACUGGCCCGCGUGAUGGAUAAAUUGAUGAUCGGGCUCGGGUUUGGGGAGAGCGGGUAUAUUGCCCAAGGAGGCGAUAUCGGCUCCUUUGUCAGUCGGAUUCUCGCCGUGACGAGCCCGGCCUGCAGGACCUGCCACAUCCACCUCUGCAUCGGCAAGGCACCGCAGAAUUCGCAAAAGCAAGCGGAAAGUCUGAGCCGGGAAGAGCAGGGUGGCUUGCAGCGGAUGGAAGACUUCGCCACGCUGGGGAAUGCGUAUGCGCGGGAACACGGCACUCGGCCUGCCACGAUCGGCCUGGUGCUCUCGUCCUCGCCCAUCGCCCUGCUGGGCUGGGUCGGGGAGAAAUUCCUACAAUGGAGCGACGCAGACCCGCCCUUGGACGACAUUUUGGAUUCGGUGACGCUGUACUGGUUCACGGAUUCUUUUCCCCGGGCCAUCUAUCCGUACCGACAGUUCUUCGGCGGCGCGCAGCCGACCUUCUUCCACCCGGAGCCGGAGUGGUAUAUCCAGAAACCGAUGGGGUACAGCUGGCAUCCGCAUGAACUGUCGCCCGUGCCGCGGGACUGGGUGGCGGAGACGGGGAAUCUGGUCUGGUAUAGGGGACAUAAGGAGGGAGGACAUUUCGCCGCGAUGGAGAAGCCGGCGUUGUUUGUCAAGGAUAUGGAGGAUUUUGUGGGCGAGGUUUGGGAGAAGGUGAAGUGA